AUGAACGCCGCAUUAGAGAAGCUAGCAGACAUGGUGAAGCUUGAUGCCCAAGCAAAGGUGUGGAGAGACAAGGUUCGCGAGAUGGCCUAUGAUAUCGAGGAUGCCAUCGACAUCUUCAUGCUCAAGCUUGGCCAAGAAGACGACGACAAGCAGGAUGGCUUAUUUCGCAGGAUUGUUGGCAAGGCUAGGGAGCUGCGGCUGCACUACCAGUUUGCUGACAAGAUUCAGGAGCUCAGAGCUCGUGUUGAGGAGCAGAGUCAAAGCCGAGAGAGAUACAGGAUCGAUGGAUCCAUCUCAGAGUCUAGAGUGGUGGAAGUCGAUCCAAGGCUGCCUGCACUGUUUGAGGAUGCAAAGAGGCUGGUGGGCGUUGAUGGUCCACGAGAGGAAAUCAUCGAACGGUUGAUGGGAGAAGAUGACCGUCAUUGUUCUCGACAAUUUAAAGUGCUAUCCAUCGUCGGUUUCGGUGGCCUCGGCAAGACAACUCUUGCAAACCAAGAGUACUCUAAAAUCAAGAAUGAGUUUGAGUGCACGGCGUUCGUGACCGUCUCUAGAACUCCUCACAUGCCAAAGAUUCUCAAGGGAAUACUGUCUGGAGUUGGAUAUGGUGACACGGAAAUGGAAGAUGAUGUCCAAAAGCUUAUUGAGAUACUAAGAGCUACGCUCAACGAUAAGAGGUACUUCAUCAUAAUUGAUGACUUAUGGAGCAUCAAGGAUUGGCGCACUAUUGAGUGCACUUUUGUGGAAAAUAAUAAUGCCAGCAGAGUGAUAACUACCACACGUAUUCAAGACGUUGGUGCAUCUUGUUGCUUUCUAAGUCAAGGCCAUGUAUACCAGAUCCAACCUCUUAAUGAGCUUCACUCAAGAAGGUUGUUUUUCAAAAGGCUAUUUGAUACAGAAGAUAGUUGUCCUGAGCAAUUCAGAGAGAUUUCACAUGACAUGUUAAGGAAAUAUUAUCAAAUCCGCAAGUAUGAAUUGGUAAGAAAAUGGAUAGCUGAAGGAUUUGUUAGGGAAAAGCAUGGUUUAGAUAUGCAGGAAGCUGCUGUAAGCUGUUUCAAUGAACUCAUCAACAGAAGUAUGAUCCAACCUUGCUUCAAUGAAGAUGAUUUUGGUGAGGUGUUGACAUGUCAAUUUCACGACCUAAUGCUUGAGCUUAUUAUAUCGAAGUGCAAAGAGGAAAACUUUAUCACUAUAAUCGAUAGGAAGUUCCCCAUGAAUGGAGCUUCGCAGAUUCGCCAGAUCAGCCAUCUUCAGUUGCAUAACAGAGACAUGGCCCUGACAGUCGAGAAGUGCAUCAGAGAUCUCAGUGAGUUGACCAAUCUUAGAAAUCUUCAGGUGAUGAUGUACAAUUACUCAAGGCCAGAUGGCGCAGAAAAUAAUCGUAAGACAACAAUCUUGUCAACUUCUCUUAACAAACUUGGGAACAGCAACCUCUGCAAUCUGGCUUUUGAGGUUGUGUCAAGUGCCAGGGCCCCAUCAGCACAAUUCUGGAGUAACUGCUUGGCACGCCCACGGCAUCUGCAGAGGUUUAGCUUGUACGGCGUAACAAUGCCCAAGGUCCCGAAUUGGAUUGCGCAUGCAGACAGGUUGGCGCAUGUUGAUCUAGAGGUCCAGGAGCUCCCAAGUGAUGAUGUCCAGGUUCUUGCACAGUUGCCCUGCCUCAUCUACCUCCAGUUAAGAGCUAAAACAAUCCCAGAGAACAACAUCAUUAUCCACCCCCAAACAUUCCACAGCCUCAAGUGCUUCAAAUUCUUUUGUGGUGAGCUGCCAAGCUUGACUUUUGAGCCAGCCGCAAUGCCGCAGCUACAGAGACUGGAGAUACAACUUGCCCUUGGACAAGGUGCAAUGGAACUGCAAGAUGACAAUCUAGUUAGUUGCAUCGAGCACCAUGCUAGCCUCGAAAAGAUCUCCUUGUAUAUAUGUGCCAAAUGCGGUCAGGGGUCCAAAAUAGAAUCUGCAUGGAGAGGCGCCAUCAGCAGGCACCCGAAAAGUCAAGCCCUACAGAUUUAUGUAAACUGUAGAGAGUAUGAUGGAAAUGGAAAAUUGGUAUGA